GCGCGCCCAGCGUCCUCGCCGCGCAAGUUGCGGCUCCCAGGGGGGCCUGGGCUGCGGGCCCGCCGGCCCCGGGGAUGGCGUCGGAGCCGCGCUGACUCUGUUUCUCCUCGGACCAAGAUGACUGAUGGAAACCUGUCCACCUCUACAAAUGGCAUAGCCUUGAUGGGCGUUCUGGGUGGUCAGCCAGGAAACCACAUUCAGAACCUGCAGCACUUGACUCUCAAGGCCCCCCGAUCCCUCUCGUUGCCAGAGUAUGGGCCCAGGCUGAAGCUUGGUCCUGUAGACGAUCGGCACAGCCUCAAGUCUGUGGACUCCGGCAUUCCCACCCUCGAGAUCAGUAACCCAGAACCCGUCCCCUGCAGCGCGGUCCAUGUGAAGAGGAAGCCGUCGGAGCCAGAGAUCGUCCCUGAGCGAGCUUGCCAGAGUGCUUGCCCACUGCCAUCCUACACGCCCCCGGCUACCGGCGGUGCUGAGUGGGAGCAGAGCGUGCGGAAGUCGUCCACAUUCCCCAGGACGGGCUAUGACUCGGUGAAGCUCUACAGCCCCGCCUCUAAAGCCCUGAGCCGCAGCGAUGAUGUGUCUGUGUGCAGCGUGUCCAGUCUCGGCACGGAGCUAUCAACCACGCUGUCUGUCAGCAACGAGGACAUCUUGGACCUUGUGGUCACGAGCAGCUCCAGUGCCAUUGUGACCCUGGAGAGUGACGAUGAUCCGCAGUUCACGGAUGUCACCUUGAGCUCCGUCAAGGAAACGCGUGAGCUGCGCCAGCAGGACUGUGUGGAUGGAACCGAGGAUGGGAGUAAACUGAAAAUUUUGCGACCACUUAGCAGCUUCUUUACCAGGAAUUUGCUUGCUAGAAAACAGAAUGCAAGACUUGACAAACAAAAUGACUUGGGAUGGAAGUUAUUUGGAAAAGUACCACUUCGAGAGAAUGCUCAGAAAGAUUCAAAGAAAAUACAAAAGGAAUAUGAAGACAAGGCUGGACGACCUAGCAAGCCACCCUCUCCAAAGCAGAAUGUGAGGAAGAAUCUUGAUUUUGAGCCACUGUCCACUACCGCUCUCAUCCUGGAAGACAGACCAGCAAAUCUCCCAGCGAAGCCAGCUGAAGAAGCCCAGAAACACAGGCAGCAGUACGAGGAAAUGGUGGUUCAGGCCAAGAAACGAGAGCUGAAGGAGGCCCAGCGGAGGAGAAGGCAGCUGGAAGAGAGGUGCCGCCUGGAGGAGAGCAUUGGCAACGCCGUCCUCACCUGGAACAACGAGAUUUUGCCUAACUGGGAAACAAUGUGGUGCUCUAGGAAAGUUCGAGAUCUCUGGUGGCAGGGGAUCCCUCCCAGUGUGAGAGGCAAAGUCUGGAGCUUAGCCAUUGGCAACGAGUUAAACAUCACCCAUGAGCUCUUCGACAUCUGUCUUGCCCGAGCCAAGGAGAGGUGGCGGUCCUUCAGCACAGGAGGCUCUGAGGCAGAGAACGAAGAUGCCGGGUUUUCUGCCGCAGACCGAGAAGCCAGCUUGGAGCUUAUUAAACUGGACAUCUCUAGGACCUUUCCUAAUCUCUGCAUUUUCCAGCAGGGUGGUCCGUAUCAUGACAUGUUGCACAGUAUUUUGGGCGCUUAUACUUGUUACCGACCGGAUGUGGGUUAUGUCCAGGGCAUGUCAUUUAUCGCAGCUGUGCUGAUCUUGAACCUAGAUACUGCAGAUGCCUUCAUUGCUUUUUCUAAUCUUUUGAAUAAACCCUGCCAGAUGGCGUUUUUCCGAGUGGACCAUGGCCUUAUGUUGACCUAUUUUGCUGCAUUUGAGGUAUUCUUUGAAGAAAAUUUGCCGAAAUUAUUUGCUCAUUUCAAGAAAAACAACUUAACUCCAGACAUCUACCUAAUUGAUUGGAUUUUUACCUUGUAUAGUAAAUCUUUGCCCCUGGACCUGGCCUGUCGUGUCUGGGACGUGUUCUGUCGUGACGGGGAAGGGUUUCUGUUCCGGACAGCCCUGGGCAUCCUGAAGCUGUUUGAGGACAUCCUGACCAAGAUGGACUUCAUUCACAUAGCCCAGUUCCUGACGAGGCUGCCGGAGGACCUGCCUGCAGAGGAGGUGUUUGCAUCCAUAGCUACGAUUCAGAUGCAGAGUCGGAACAGGAAGUGGGCUCAGGUGCUGACCGCCUUACAGAGGGACAGCCGCGACACGGAGAAAGGCAGCCCGUCUCUCAGACACUGAGCAGUCGGCGCUGGAGCAGAUCUCCAGGUGGCACCUGCGUUUCUGAUGGACACACUGACAGCCAAGACGAACAGGCUCUUUGCACGUUUGAUUCUAACCCUGGAGUUGGCCUUAAAACAAAACAAACAACUUUUAAAGAACUCAGCCAAGGCUUAGCCUUAAGCAGCUCAGUGGGGCGAUGAGCUAGUGUUGACCGCGGCCAACACUGCAUAUGCUGCAUGGUGUAAAAAUGAGAUGGUGGCUAAUCCCCCCCCCCCGGUUUCACAAAAGUUAAUUAAAUUGUCAUGCUCUUAUGUCCACUGAUGGGAAAUACAUUACAGUCUUCCUUAGCCAAGGUGCGGGAGAAAUGUACGUAGGUAGCCUCGGAGGCAUUCCUGGCUACUGACCUACUUGAGCGAGGAAGGAGUUAUGGAGCUAGUUAACCGAGAGGACCGUUCCAGGGCUUGAGGGCCUGCUUUUAAAGCCCACCUACCAAAGACAGCAGGAAAGGAAAACAGGCUCUCACAGGUGGUCACCCAGUGUGCCUGUGAGCAACCUGGGAUUUGACCUGACUUCCAGGUUGGCCUUUCUCUACUGUCACCUUGACAGAAUCACAGCACGAGGGCUGAAAAGGGCCACUUGGGUUCUGGGGAACCCCUGCUCUCCCCCCCAAGAUUGCUUCCUCCAUCUCCUGAGCAGGAAGGGCUGCUCACCCAGGAGGCCUGAGACCGCCUUCAGACCCACACCUCCUGUGUGCAGAGGUGCAGAGGCCUGGCUGGCGGGGGCAGCCUGCGCCCUUGCUCCCCUAGAACGCUGCUCUUCCUUGUGUCCCCCGAGCAGCAGAAUCGUCCCGAGUACCAGUGCUUCCCUCCUUGUGCGUCUGGCUGAAAGCUAGAGCGUUGUGAGGGCUGAGGCGCGGACCCACGCAGAUGGCCUUGCAGGGGCUCCCGGUGUUUGUCCCAUCAGCCUCUCCCCACAUAGGUGGUCCCCUGCCCCAACCAAGUUCAUCAGCAACUUUCCUGCUGGAACCUCUCCUUAACUAAGAAUUUUAUUAAAAGCGCUUUGGUCAUGGUCAUGCACAUUCGAAGACGGGGAUGGUUUUCACACAGAAGAGCCCAGAGGACAGGCAGGUCUGUGGAGACAGGUCCUUGCAUGGACCCGGCUACAUGCUGGUGUCCAUGAGGGCUUGAGAGACUGGGUCCGAGGGCUCCACUGCCCCCUCAGCCACACUCCCCCCGGCUGCCCUCAGUCCGGCCCUGGGGAGCGCCCUAAGCUCCAAGAGUAGGCUUGCCACGAGGUGGCCUGGCUCUCCGGGACCUUUUCUGUCUGCCAUGUUCAUGGCCAGCAUGGGCAGGAGUGGGGGCAAGGGGCCACACCAUGGCCAUGGGUCCCGUUUUCUGGAGUAGUUGCCUUCAUCCCCUGUCUUCUUAACUGAAGUCUCCAGGGAGGUUGCGGAGUGUCUGGGACCCACUCUCUGCCUCAGCCUGGAAGUGCUGGCCUGGCUGUCCUCUCGGGGGAAGCGUCCCAUCUUCACUGAGGGCUCACACUUCCAGACGUAGCCUGCCGUCCACCAUGCUGCUGAUUGUCACCUUGCCGGCCCCGGGCCUCCACCCACACAGGCUGAGUGUCGCUCCCGGAUGUGAGCUUUCUGUUCUGAAAGGUGUAUAUAUUUUCUUACUGUACAUACAGAUGUUCCUUGGUCGGGACAGGAAGCACCGCCGCUGCAGGGCGUGCUUGCCGCUCGUCUGCGCCUUCAGACCCAGCCCUCAGCCUCCUCCGUUGGACAGGCUGACGUCCGUCUCUCGGGACUCAUGGCACCACAUAGGCAUUACGUUUUUAAACGGGUUCCGAGCCGAUGCAGAAUACUUAACCAAAUCUCUAGCUCACAGAGGUUUCGGUGGCCUGUUCAGGGGCUGCCUAGGGCCUUGCCGUGUCUGCCCCAGAGGCCGGGAGCUUGGUCUGUGUGGCCCAUCUGUGGGGUCAGGCUGCUCUGUCGGAUGCCAUCGUUUAGGAAAACGGGGAGCCCACUGGAAGGCUGCGCCCCCUGCGUGUCUGCAUUUUCCUGGCCCAGCUGCCGGCUGUCCAGAGCUAAGACUUGGGGUUCGGCCCCUUGUGCAUCUGGCCCUUUAGAGUCGAAAGCCGUGUCCCCACCUAUCCCUGAAAGCCCAUCUAGAAGCAAUGUUCACUUUCAAAGGUACUUUUUAACCACUCAGUUUUUGACUAUUUGAACAGUUUGCUGAUAGAAACGUCCUGAUAAUACUUGCUACAUACCAUGUUUUAACUGCUUGUACAGUUAACCUUUAAUUUUAUUUAGCAAAGUCUAUCAAAUUAAGACUUUUUGAAUUGUAAAUAAUGUGGUUUUAUUAAAUAAAAGUCAUGUAAAAUUGUUA